AUGGACAUUGUUGGCAUUUUCGCAUUUGUUGCUGCAUUAGUUCUGGCUACUAGAUUUGGUUGUUCUGAUCUUUUUGAUUUUGAUCCUGAGAUAGAGAGAGCCUUGCACGCACACUGUGAGGAUCCGCAUAAGCAUCUUAAGGAAUUUCAGGUUGUUUGCUCUACACCAUUGAGACCUGAAGGAAUCACCGAAGAUCACAUCAGGUUGAGAGCCUUCCCAUUUUCACUACAGGGUGCUGCCAAGGAUUGGUUAUAUUAUCUUGAGCUGAAUUUUGUCACGACUUGGAAUGAUUUGAAGAGAGUCUUCCUAGAGAGAUACUUUUCUGCCUCCAGGGCUGCAUCAAUCCGAAAAGAUAUAUGUGGUAUUAGACAGGGAAAUAAGUCAUUGGCUGAGUAUUGGGAGAGAUUCAAACAAUUGGUAUCCAGUUGCCCUCAAUAUCAAAUUACUAAACAACUGCUUAUUCAGUAUUUCUAUGAGGGAUUGUCACCAAUGGAUAGAAACAUUCUUGAUGCUGCUAGUGGUGGAGCACUUGUCGAUAAAACUCCAGUUACUGCCAAAGCCCUGAUUGAGAACAUGUCACUUAAUUCCCAACAGUUCGCAACCAGAAAUAAUUCUAUGGUCAAAACAAAAGGUGUGAAUGACAUUCAGCAAGCCCAAGGAUCAAACCAACUUCCUGCCCAAACAGUUGUGAAUCCAAAAGGCCCUAAUGCUAAUGUGAGUGAAAUUUCAUUGAGAUUCGGGAAGGUAAUAGAACCAGCCCCAGAAAAAAAUAAAAAAAUUCUUGAGGUAACACCUGAACCUUCUUCCGUUGUGAUAGAAACUGAAUCCUCUGUUGUGGUCGAAACUGAAAAAGAAAAAGAGAAGGAGUAUGUGCGACCAAUUCCCUUCCCACAUAGAAUACUGAAAAUUAAAAGGACUGAUGAUGGAGACAAGGAGAGAGAGAUUUUAGAUGUGUUUAGAAAAGUGGCGGUAAACAUUCCGCUUCUUGAUGUUAUUAAGCAGGUUCCAAAGUAUGCAAAAUUUCUAAAAGACUUGUGCACAAGUAAGAGAAGGUUGAAGGGAAAUGAGAGAGUAAAUUUGGGACGAAACAUUUCAUCCCUUAUCCAUCCUAAGCAUUCACCUGAAAAAGCUACUGUUUCAUCCCUCAAUCAGGCCAUACCCCAAAAGUGCAAGGAUCCGGGAACUUUUGCUAUUCCAUGCACCAUUGGGGAUAGUAAAUUCAAAAAUUGCAUGCUUGAUUUGGGAGCGGGCAUUAAUUUUAUGCCUACUUCUGUUUAUACCAACCUUGAUCUUGGUCCUUUACAGCAUACGGGUUUAAUCAUUCAAUUGGCGAACAGAAGCAAUGCUCGCCCUAUUGGACUAGUGGAAGAUGUGCUUGUUCAAGUUAAUGACUUGAUUUUUCCUGCAGAUUUCUACAUUCUGAACAUAAUUGUUUUCACUUGA